GGCCUGGGCGGGGCGCCGGGCUGGCGUCACCAGGACAACGGGCGUCGCCGGCGCCGUGUGACUUCAGGUUGUGGGCGCGCUCGCGACCAUGGUUUUCUCAAACAAUGAUGAUGGCCUUAUCAACAAAAAGCUACCCAAGGAGCUCCUCUUGAGAAUAUUCUCCUUCUUGGACAUCGUAACUCUGUGCCGAUGUGCGCAGAUUUCCAAGGCCUGGAACAUCUUAGCCCUGGAUGGCAGCAACUGGCAGCGAGUGGACCUUUUCAACUUUCAGACAGAUGUAGAGGGCCGAGUGGUGGAAAACAUUUCCAAGAGGUGCGGUGGCUUCCUUAGAAAGCUCAGCCUGCGUGGGUGCAUCGGCGUUGGAGACUCCUCCUUGAAGACUUUUGCACAGAACUGCCGAAACAUUGAACAUUUAAACCUCAAUGGCUGCACAAAAAUCACUGACAGCACGUGUUACAGCCUUAGCAGAUUCUGUUCCAAGCUGAAACACCUGGAUCUUACGUCCUGCGUGUCUGUCACCAACAACUCCUUAAAGGGCAUCAGCGAGGGCUGCCGGAACCUGGAAUAUCUGAACCUCUCCUGGUGUGACCAGAUCACAAAGGAAGGCAUUGAGGCGCUGGUGCGGGGGUGCCAGGGCCUGAAAGCCCUGCUCCUGAGGGGUUGUACACAGUUAGAAGACGAAGCUCUGAAACACAUUCAGAACCACUGCCAUGAGCUCGUGAGCCUCAACCUGCAGUCUUGCUCACGCAUCACUGAUGAUGGUGUGGUGCAGAUCUGCAGGGGCUGCCACCGGCUACAGGCUCUGUGCCUCUCGGGCUGUAGCAAUCUCACGGAUGCGUCUCUCACAGCCUUGGGCCUGAACUGCCCCAGACUACAAGUUUUGGAGGCUGCCCGAUGCUCCCAUCUGACCGAUGCAGGCUUCACGCUACUAGCUCGGAAUUGCCACGAACUGGAGAAGAUGGACCUAGAAGAAUGUGUCCUGAUCACCGACAGCACUCUCAUCCAGCUCUCUACCCACUGUCCCAAGCUGCAAGCCCUGAGCUUGUCCCACUGUGAGCUCAUCACAGAUGAAGGCAUCCUACACCUGAGCAGCAGCACCUGCGGGCACGAGAGACUCCGGGUACUGGAGCUGGACAACUGCCUUCUUGUCACGGACGCCUCGCUGGAGCACCUGGAGAACUGCAGGGGCUUGGAGCGACUGGAGCUGUAUGACUGCCAGCAGGUCACCCGUGCAGGCAUCAAGCGCAUGCGGGCUCAGCUUCCUCAUGUCAAAGUCCAUGCCUACUUUGCUCCAGUUACCCCUCCUCCAGCAGUGGCAGGAAGUGGACAUCGACUGUGCAGAUGCUGUGUCAUACUUUGACAGCAGCUGCUUAGGCCACGGGCCCCAUCUUCCAGACUAGACCAGUCUCCUGGCUGUUCCAUCAUCACCCAAUCUCGACUCUCCAUGGUGAAAGCGUUACAGGUAAAAGACUUCGGCACAGAUUACAGUAACUGGUGAUGCUACUCACCUUAUAUAUACAUACAUACAUACACACACACACACACAUAUAUAUAUAUAUGUAUAUAUAUAUAUAUAAGCAAAUCCAGACCUGUGUCAGCCACAGCAAGAGUGGUGUGGUGCAACCUGGAGCCCAUUGGAGGUGGGUACCUAGGUAUACGAGCCCCACCUGGUUUUGUCAGCAUUCUCCAUAUGCACCUUCAGUAUUAGCACAACCUGAGCAGAGCAACAAGAGCCUGCUGGUCUUCUACCUGAUCCUUUCGCCAGUGGCCUAAUGCAAUGCAUAGCAAUUCCUAUUGAUCUGCAGGACUUGUCCACUUUGAAGAGUAAAUAGCACCUUUAUGAACGUGACUGUGCUGCAAAUUCAGAAUGGCUGGUAGUUUCAUAUGCAGAAACGUGUGUGUGAAAGGCAUGUUAACAUACUUCCAUAAGACACCAAAGAAACACGCCCUCUAAGCUGGGUGGGGCAGGGUCUUCACCUUUCCAUUUGUGUCAACUUGUCAUACCCAACUCUAGGGACCAAAACUAACCCCCUUUGCAUUGAUCCAUUAGAAAUUAUAAGCUCUGCUGUAUGCUACAGCAUAUAGUGCAUUUCUGUUAAAGGAAAAAAGCCAAUUAUGUCCAUACUUCUCAAAAAAUUUGUGGGAACUUUGAGGAAAUCCAGAAUUAAGGCCUAAGUUAUCUAUAAUAAGUAAAAAUAAUGAACAGA